GGCUUCAUUCUUCUUUCCCAAACCUCGUCGCCGUCUCUCUCUCUCUCUCUCUCUCUCUCUCUCUCUCUCUCUCUUUGCUUUGAAUUCUUAACUGCUUUCUGGGUCGUCUCGAAUCACUUUCCCCUUCUCAUCUUUCUCGCUCUGUAUGAGAGAGAGAGAGAGAGCAGAACGGCUCUUUUACAGAUCUGAACCGAACCGUUUCUUACGAACUCGCCACUCCAAUCGUCUUUUGUGCUGAUGAAUAAGUUUCUGGGCGAUGGCCCUUUUUUCCCCAUGUCAAUUUGCUUUAAAACGAUUUCAAAUCCCUCCUCCUUUUAAUGGGCGACCUAUAUUCAUUCCUCAUGCUCGUGCAUUCAUGUUAAUUCCUGAGACCCCUGUAUUUCCAUUUGAAAUUUCUGUUGACCCCGCAAGAUUUCCAGCUUUGGGAAAGAAUUGAUGAAAAAGUAGAAAUUUUUUGCGCUCAAAAUGCUCAGUUUCUAUUUUUCGAGGAGGUGAAUUGAAGGUGUAAGCGCGCUCUGAAUCUCUUGGGAUAAUCAGUUCGAGAUAGCUUUAAAGACGAUGCACACCAAGUCCGAUUCCGACGUCACGAGCUUUGCACCGUCGUCGCCGAGAUCUCCAAAGCGACCGGUGUACUACGUGCAAAGCCCAUCUCGCGAUUCCCACGAUGGAGAUAAAUCUUCGUCCAUUCACGCCACUACGCCGGUCUACAACAGCCCCACGGAGUCGCCGUCGCACCCUUCCUUCGGCGGCCGUCACUCGAGGGCGUCGUCGGCGAGCCGCUUCUCGGGAACGUUCAGGAAGGGAAGCCGGAGAAGGGGGUGGCCGGAGUCCAAUGUGAUCGAGGAGGAGGGGUCUUAUGACGAACUCUAUGGGCGUAAAGGGAUCUCCAGGCCUUGCCAGUGUCUGAUUGCUCUUCUUGGGUUUGUUCUGAUUUUUACUCUGUUUUGUUUGGUCCUGUGGGGUUCCAGCAGGCCUUACAGAGUUCAGAUAGCCGUCAAGAACCUGACAGUUAAAAAUUUCCAUUUUGGGGAGGGAUCGGACGUGACUGGAGUCCCAACCAAGAUGCUGACGGUAAACUGUUCAUUUAAGAUGAGCAUCUACAAUCCUGCUACAUUUUUUGGCAUUCAUGUUAGCGCCGCACCUGUCAAUCUUAUGUAUUCAGAGAUCACAGCUGCAACUGGUGAGUUGAUGGAAUACUAUCAACCAAGGAAGAGCCAUAGAACUGUGUCCGUGAAGCUCGAAGGAAAUAAGGUUCCUCUGUAUGGGGCAGGAGCGGGAUUUGCAGCCUCGGACAGCAAUGGCGGGGUUCCAAUGAUGCUACUGUUUGAUGUUAAUUCACAAGGAAAUGUGGUGGGGAAGUUGGUAAGAUCGACGCAUCAAAGGCAUGUCUCCUGUUCCUUAGUCGUCAGCUCUCACAACAUCAAAACCAUCAGAUUUAAGGAUAACUCCUGCAUCUAUGAUUGAGGCAUUGAGGAUCGCCAGCCCUACGAGUCAGUGACCUUGACAUGCCUCACUUGAGCUGUUCACACUGCACUCACUAUAUCUUUCAAUGACAAUGAAGAGAUUUCUGCCACUUGAUAUCAUACUAGUGAGUAUUAAGUAGGAAUGAUCAUUUGGAAAACAAGGAGAGGGAGCCUACUGGCAUUGUAUUGCUGUAUUUCUCUGAAAGUUUUGGUGCUUUUUCUUGAUUAGGAGUUUUUAUAGUUUAGUGCUUUGUAUAUUCUCUCUAAACCCGUGAACACGUGUACAAAGAUUAAGUUUGCAAGAUAUUCCUAUAUAUAUGAUGGAUGCCACCUGCCAUAUAUUGGGGUGGUCUGAGUUUCUUUUUCCUCA